GCGAGAAGAGAGUCGGCCCGCCUGACAUCUCUCUCUCUCUCUCUCUCUCUCUACCUGUAUCUCUCUCGGGACGAUAUACCUUAGCACCGGCCCUCUCGCGCUCGCAAUGCACGCAACGGGCUCGUGUUUCGUUCACGAGACCGUUGGCCCAGCCGCAUGCGACGGCAACGAGAACAUACCGAACGGGAGCCGACUGGCCAGCCGCACCAGAGUGGCAUUUGGGUCGGCGCAGGUCCCUUCUUUGGCAGCUGGGACCAGCAGACCAGGGGGAGAGUGGAAUUGCCAUCCAGGAUUACCUACGACUCGCAUGGAGCUGGAAUGCGAUGACGCCUUUUCUAAACUACGAUAUUUCUCUCACCUAUUCUCUUCUUCCCGGGGCACCUCCUCGCCCCUCCGCCAUCGCAGUGCUCUUUCCCUUCUGCUUGUUUUUCUUUUUCUUUCUUUCUCGUGUGGGUGUGUGUGUUCUUGUGUAAGCCUGGGAUAUCCGAGACAGAACCACAAGUUAGGAACGAGAGGAACGUCGAGUUCGAAUCCUGUGGUCUUCGCUACGCUAGACUCCCGCCGUCUGCGGUUAUAUAUAUAUCCCUUGGAGAAUUAGAGGCCCACGCCAAGAGGAGUCGCCGCAGGCAAGCUUUUGCCAAGUUGUCAACAGCCGGCUUGUCAACGGGUGCGCCGCGUGCCGUGUUAGGUGUGUGUAGGGCCCGCCAAUGGGUUUUUGGACGCGCAGAGAAGUCCCUGUCGCUCGGAAACGCAGAGAUAAAAGGUCGCUUGGCCCGCAAAGGCGUGUUGUCGCUUUUUCCCGAGAUAAUUACCUACCCACAAUUGCGUACGCGGACAAGCAUCGUUUCUCCAGGUCACCACCCAACAUGCCGAUCUACCCGCCUACCUACUUGUCUGCCUCGAACUCGAUGCGAAAUGGCGGCCUACUUUGUG